CCAGCGUACGGGCGGAGAGAGAGGGAGUGAGAGCGCGCAGAAGAAGCCAAUGUGUGUGCGCGCGUGAGUGUGCGUGUGUGUGCGUGUCUACAGGUAGCAGCGGCAGCGGCGGGGACGCGAGCAGGGGACCCAUCUGCAGCUACCUCUCCGCCUAGGGUUUUCCGAGGCGAUUGCUCAUUUGGCUGACGGAUCCGUGGUCCCCAGGAGAUCUCAUCAUCUCCGUUUCUACUCUCUUUUAGGCGUCUCCAGUUUCAAGUGUGUGUUUGGGGAUAAUUUCAUUUUUUAUCUUUUCUUCUUCUUCCUCCAAAGCUUCUCAGGAAUUCUGCGUAUCGAAGUAGGUGCCUUCUGGCUCGAAAUCCUUGGAUACAUUUGCUCUGCCAAGUUUUGCUGCUCCAGCCCCCCUCCCUCCUCCAGAGGUUUCUGGGGUGUUUUUCUUUUGGAUUUACAUGCAAAGAACGUAUAUAUGUUUGUAAAUCGGUCGGAUAGCUUCUGAUACAUAUACGCGCGCCCCAAAGCCUGGUUUUCAUCUUCCCGACACGGCGAAAUGUUCCGGAGCUGAUGAACUCAGAGACCAUUAUUCACAUUCUUUUGAUCCUGGUUUUGAACAAGGGGAGGGAGAGUGAAGAACUGUUUAACAUUCGGCCAUCAUUAGGCUGCACGCUAGGCACCAAGAAGUGUUUCUGGUUGCAAAGCAGGUACAACCGGGGCUUAGAGAGAAGAAAUGAUGAAAAGACUGUUUUGCCCUGGGAAUGAGGUUCCUGCAUGCAUAAGAGAGAAAGGUACUGAGCUCGUUCAGGGAGAUAGACCCACAGCUAACUGGAUUUGAUUUAUACGAGGGAAAUCUACAUCAAUGGCCACUCUCACCACAUUGCUGCUAUGGGAAACAGAAUGGUCAAUAGGAGAUGUUCUGAUGAAUAGUGAUGAUUGAAGAUCCGGCAUCAGUCUGUGUGAAAUCAAUGGGAGCUACUUGCUGCAUGAAGAGUGUUUUCAGCUUUCCUUAACAAGUUCCUAUCUGAGAAACUGGAGCUGCAUUCUACCACCAUUCCAUCUUUCUCCAGCGGAUACAAAUAUUUUUGCCUCACUGUACCAGAUAGACAACUAAUGUGGGACCAUGGCACUUCCCAGAUGCAUGUGGCCAAAUUAUGUUUGGAGAGCCAUGAUGGCAUGUGUGGUCCACAGGGGAUCGGGUGCCCCGUUGACUCUCUGCUUGUUGGGAUGUUUGCUACAGACUUUCCACGUACUCUCUCAAAAGUUGGAUGAUGUAGACCCAUUGGUUACUACUAACUUUGGCAAAAUAAGGGGAAUUAAGAAAGAACUCAAUAAUGAAAUUUUGGGGCCUGUCAUUCAGUUUCUUGGGGUUCCAUAUGCUGCUCCACCAACAGGAGAACAUCGAUUUCAGCCUCCAGAACCACCAUCUCCCUGGUCUGAUAUCCGGAAUGCCACUCAGUUUGCUCCUGUAUGUCCCCAGAAUAUCAUUGAUGGCAGAUUGCCUGAAGUUAUGCUUCCUGUGUGGUUCACUAAUAACUUGGAUGUGGUUUCCUCAUAUGUGCAAGACCAGAGUGAAGACUGUCUAUACUUAAACAUCUAUGUCCCAACUGAAGAUGUAAAAAGAAUAUCCAAGGAAUGUGCCAGAAAACCCGGCAAGAAAAUAUGUAGAAAAGGAGGUCCCCUUACAAAGACACAGACAGAUGAUUUAGGUGACAAUGACCGUGCCGAAGACGAAGAUAUUCGGGACAGUGGGGGUCCCAAACCAGUGAUGGUGUACAUCCAUGGUGGCUCUUACAUGGAAGGUACUGGAAAUCUAUAUGAUGGGAGUGUGUUGGCAAGCUACGGUAAUGUGAUCGUCAUCACAGUCAACUAUCGGCUUGGGGUACUUGGCUUCUUGAGCACAGGGGAUCAGGCUGCCAAAGGAAACUACGGGCUCCUUGACCUCAUCCAGGCCCUCAGAUGGACCAGCGAGAACAUUGGGUUCUUUGGUGGUGACCCCUUGCGAAUCACCGUGUUUGGAUCAGGCGCUGGGGGUUCAUGUGUCAAUCUGCUGACUUUAUCCCAUUAUUCUGAAGGUAACCGUUGGAGCAAUUCAACCAAAGGACUUUUUCAACGAGCAAUAGCUCAGAGUGGAACAGCCCUUUCCAGCUGGGCUGUUAGUUUCCAGCCUGCAAAAUACGCUAGAAUUCUAGCCACAAAAGUUGGCUGCAAUGUGUCAGAUACAGUAGAGUUAGUAGAAUGCCUGCAGAAGAAGCCUUACAAAGAACUUGUUGAUCAAGAUGUUCAACCAGCCCGAUACCACAUAGCCUUUGGACCUGUGAUCGAUGGUGAUGUAAUACCAGAUGACCCUCAGAUACUGAUGGAACAAGGAGAGUUCCUCAAUUAUGAUAUCAUGUUAGGAGUUAACCAAGGGGAAGGGUUGAAGUUUGUGGAAAACAUAGUAGAUAGUGAUGAUGGUGUAUCAGCCAGUGAUUUUGACUUUGCUGUCUCUAAUUUUGUUGAUAAUUUAUAUGGAUAUCCUGAAGGCAAAGAUGUUUUGAGAGAAACCAUUAAAUUCAUGUAUACUGACUGGGCUGAUCGCCAUAAUCCUGAAACUAGAAGGAAGACAUUGUUGGCUUUGUUUACAGACCAUCAGUGGGUAGCACCCGCUGUGGCUACAGCAGACCUUCACUCGAACUUUGGCUCACCUACAUACUUCUAUGCCUUUUAUCAUCAUUGCCAAACAGACCAAGUUCCAGCUUGGGCUGAUGCAGCUCAUGGGGAUGAGGUUCCCUAUGUAUUGGGAAUCCCCAUGAUUGGCCCUACAGAGUUAUUUCCUUGCAAUUUCUCCAAGAAUGAUGUGAUGUUGAGUGCUGUAGUAAUGACAUACUGGACGAAUUUUGCUAAAACCGGUGACCCAAAUCAACCAGUUCCUCAAGACACAAAAUUCAUUCAUACCAAACCCAACCGCUUUGAAGAAGUAGCAUGGACCAGAUAUUCCCAGAAAGACCAACUUUAUCUCCAUAUUGGAUUAAAACCGAGAGUUAAAGAACAUUACAGAGCCAAUAAGGUAAAUCUCUGGUUGGAGCUGGUACCUCAUCUGCAUAAUCUCAAUGACAUUUCUCAGUAUACCUCGACAACAACUAAAGUGCCAUCAACAGACAUCACUCUCAGACCUACAAGGAAAAAUUCCACUCCAGUCACAUCAGCCUUUCCCACUGCCAAGCAGGAUGAUCCCAAACAACAACCAAGUCCCUUCUCGGUAGAUCAAAGGGACUACUCCACAGAGCUAAGUGUCACAAUCGCAGUGGGAGCCUCUCUGCUGUUUCUGAACAUCUUGGCUUUUGCAGCCCUAUACUACAAGAAAGACAAGAGGAGACAUGAUGUCCACCGGAGGUGCAGCCCUCAGCGCACCACGACCAACGACCUAACCCAUGCUCCAGAAGAGGAAAUUAUGUCUCUCCAAAUGAAGCACACUGACUUGGAUCACGAGUGUGAGUCCAUCCAUCCACAUGAGGUGGUUCUUCGGACCGCCUGCCCCCCAGAUUAUACUCUUGCUAUGAGGAGGUCACCGGAUGAUGUUCCUUUAAUGACACCUAACACCAUCACAAUGAUUCCCAACACUAUACCAGGGAUUCAGCCCUUACAUACAUUCAACACAUUUACUGGAGGACAGAAUAAUACACUGCCCCACCCCCACCCUCACCCCCAUUCACAUUCAACAACCAGGGUAUAGCCAGAUGAGAGAGACAAACUGAUUUUUUUUUCUGAUGGAGUGCAGUAAAAGAUUAUUGGAAGAUUCCUUGGCUUUCAACUUGGAAGACUCUCACUAUUUAAAUAAGGAGGAAUAUUGUGUGAAUAUACAUAUCAAGAACUUUGGGGGUUUUGAAAAAAAUGAAUUGUAUAUAGAUAUACACACAAAUCAACUUUAAAAAAAGCAAAUUCCAAUUGCUAGAAGCAAUGGUUCUGAAUGAUACUUUUUCAUUCACUUUCAAGAAUUAAUUUGUUGAAGAUUUAAGUUACAUAAUGGAGUUAGGCAUGUGGAUCGCCAAACAGGAAAGUACUGUGUCUCAAUACUUUAAAAAACAACAACAACAACAACAACAACAACAACAACAACAACAAACGAAAACAAAAAUAAAAUCUACUAUGAAUAUGCACAAGGGACACACCAAUGGAAUGUCAGAUAAUUUCGUCAGUUUUCAUUUGGAGCCCUUUAAUUGUGUAGACCAUAUUUACUUAAGUACACAGAACACCUAUGCUGUUAAUGGCACAGCAGAAGCUCAUGCUGAAAAUUGCCAGUAAAACACAGAAGUUUAAAGACUGGCAGGUACAACAUUAUCACAUAAGUGCUGUCAGUACUAAGUCGUGGGGAUCAAGGAGACUGGAUAUUUUUAGCACGAUGUGCAUGAUAAUUUAUAUGCUUGGUGGCUGUGCUGCUGAUUAAGCCGUAAUUAAAAUUCUUCUCAUCCCAUUGGAGUUUUUAAUAGGAGCUUCCUCCAUCAAUUGGCAGAAACUAAAGAAGAUCUUAUAAGGGGCAAAAGUAAUUACAAUAAAAUAAUUUGCAGUAGUUUCGAUCAUAGAGGGAAUAGUUAUUAAAGUCUUGGGAGAAACUAGAGGUAUAGUGGUGAAUACUCGCUGAUAUGAAUCCCAGAAAAAAAUUUCUAUGAGUUUAAUAUUCUCUUCAUUCCCUUCUACGUAGUUUAUAGAACUACAACUCUAAUUGGACAUGUGUUAGCUGCGGAGUUAUAAAUUUCUGUGGGUUUGUUACUCUGAAGUUUGUUCCUUUCGGUAACAGUCUUACAAGGUGUAAGGACGCCCCAAUAGUACCACUCUGAUUACAGUUCUCAGUCGAUUGAUUUACUCAUGUAGCAUGACAAAAUGUUUACUACUAAGAAUUCAACAGAAAGCUCAGUCCCUCUUCACAUUGCUUCUUUCUCGCUGAGGGUCACUUGAAUUUACUCAUGAGAUCUCAGUAGAGGAACAACUUAGGUGCAGAACCUGGGAGAGUCAACAGCUGGAGGGUUUGUCUUUCACAUAUGUGCAGUUUCAAAUGAAUUCUCAAAGACCACAGGAAUCUCUGAAUCCCCUGUUGUUUACCAGUAACAUCAGUAUAUCACAGACCUUUCCAAAUGUUUGUAUAUGUAAUCAGAUGUACAUUUAUAUUAAAAAAUCAAUGAGAUGGACUUAAAGAGCACAUCCUGAUCAAUGAUUUCUCUCUUAUCUGUACUAUAUUUCUAUUAGACUAAAGUUAUGUGAUUUUUUUUUACCUUUUUUCAGAUGACUAGCAAUUUUGAUAGUUUGUAAGAUAACGCAAAGGACUUUCUCUGACUAACUGCAGUAACUGAAACCUUUCUUUCCAGCUACCCUUUUUCAAGAAUUGAAAGCUUAUUAUACAAAAGAAAACACUUGUAUACUACUUGGUGGGAAGGACGUUGUGUAUCUUGACCACAUCUGUGGUCCUUGGGUGAAAUAAAGAUAAUAUGGAUAAUGGCAAUUAGUCAAAUGCUAAGAGACCUGAUCUUUGCUCAUUAAAGAGCUAAAAAUGUUUAUUGCUGUUUUGUCUUUUAUUUUGCUUUUACAACAAAGAAAUGAAAUGAAAAGAAAGAAAUUUAAAAUAAAAGAAACAAGAUUG